UAGUGAGUCAUUCACAAACGGAACAUCUUGUGAUCAGACGAGAAUACAACAGCGCAGCGCUCAAAGCGGUCACUCCAAAAAUAAAAAAAACAUGUCUGAACCACGAGCCUUCAAGAAUCCCUAUCCAGAUUUCACUGGGCCUGGAUGUGCACAAGACCUGUUUGACAUGCAGGGAAAUUUGACCCAGCAUUUUGCCAGCCGUAUAAGCAGUAAGAUCAGUGAGCUUCUAGCGGUUAUGGAGAACGGACUGAAGAACGCUGACCCCAGAGACUGUACUGGCUACACUGGCUGGGCAGGCAUUGCCCUGCUUUACCUGCAUCUCCACAGUGUGUUUGGAGACUCCUCUCUUCUCCUGAAGGCUCUGGACUAUGUCAGCUACAGUCUGAGGAGUUUAACUCAGCGCUGGGUGACCUUCCUGUGUGGGGAUGCAGGGCCGCUGGCUGUAGCGGCGGUGGUCUAUCAUCGACUCCAGAAACCUCAUGAGGCUGAGGAGUGUGUGAACAGGCUGUUGCAUUUUCACCAGGCAGUAGUGCAGGGGAUAGGCAGGCUUCCUGAUGAGCUGCUCUAUGGUAGAGUGGGCUACCUUUACUCCCUCAUCUUCAUUAACCAGCAAUUUCAGCAGGAGAAGAUCCCCAUCCAAUACAUUCAACAGAUUUGUGAUGCUGUGCUGGCUUCAGGGCAAACCCUGUCUCAGAGGAACAAGAUCCAGGAUCAAACCCCUCUAAUGUAUGAGUGGUAUCAGGAGGAGUAUGUGGGUGCCGCUCAUGGACUGUCGGGGAUCUACUACUACCUGAUGCAGCCUGGUUUUGUUGUUGGUCAGGACAGGGUUUCCUAUCUAGUCAAACCCAGUGUGAACUACAUGUGUCAGCUGAAGUUUUCAUCGGGCAAUUACCCACCAUGUGUCGGGGAUUCUCGGGAUCUUCUGGUGCACUGGUGUCACGGCUCUCCUGGAGUUAUCUACAUGUUGAUACAGGCUUUUAAGAUAAUCAAAUACCCCACUGUUUAUCUUAUUCUAGGAAUGGCAGGCACGAUUUAUUUCCUGGCUGACUUGCUGCAACCAGCUAAAGCCAAGUUCCCUGCUUUUGAGGUGUAAAGUCUGUUCCAGAUGACUGAGCUUUUUUGCUUAAGCUUCCUUGGAAGAACGCGUCCUCUGUUGGUGGAAUAGUACUGUCUCACUCUGCAUGUGCAUCUGCUUGCCCGCGGGUCUUACCCAAUUCACACAAAGUUUUAUGAGAGGUCCUGUACAUGUGAAGAACAGCAUACCAGAGAGUUUUUUUUUUUUUCAUGUCAGUGAAAGGUGGAAAGGAAUCAGGCUGUAUAGAUGAGGGUCAAUUUGGAACCAUAAAGGGAAGCCGUUUUAAUUAAUUCAAUAUGCUUAACAGAUUGCACUGAUUUUGUUUGUGAACUUUUAAUGUUACGUGUUUGUUAGUAUUAUUUUAGUUAAUAUGACUCAUUAAAAAUGAAUUAUUGUGAUGUAUAAGUUAGGAAAUAUUCGGAUAUGACAGCAAGGUAAAGUUUAACAUCUUUGAAUUUUUAAGUGACUGCUGUAAGUUAACACUAAAAUACAGUGUUGAUACGCUUUCUGUAACAUUAA